AUGUCGCUCGAGGAUAAGAUCGAGGCUGUUGACGCCAAAGAGAUGUCUACUUGGGCGCAGCAGCACGCCACCUACAUCGCAGGCGGCAUGGCGGUCCAAUCCGGCCUGGGCGGAGCCGCCACUGCAGAGCAAGCCUCGAAUCCUGCCUGCCGUGCAUUUGAUGAGGCAGCUCUGUUCCCACCUGCUUCGUCGUCGUCGGCCUCCCGGCUUUUGGGUUUCCUUUCGACCGUCUCCCGAAGGAUGAGAAUCUUGGCGCCUUGGCUUCAGCCUGCUUUCGAGUUCAGUUUCAAUCCUGGCUGGGAGAGCACAGCUGGCUGGCCCGUUUGCUCUUUUGCACCGGCAAUCCGGCUCAUGCUUAAGCAGUCGAUCGGUGUGCCGCUGACCUUCGUCUCGGCACUGGCACACCGAGACGGCACGGCUGCAAUCUCGCUUGGCCACUGGAUCGCCGACGCACGCUGCGGCACAGGCAGCCCGAUGCGCUAUUCGAUCGUCAUGUACCUGACCAUCCCUGCACCGGUUGGUGCUGUGUGGGUGCGGUCCGGGCGGCUGAGGUGCCAGUCACCACUUGCUGCGCGCCUUUCCAUCCCACUCCAUUCUCCCACCAUCCUCAACGUCGGCCCUAUCUUCCUACUCAGCACCCAUUGGCACCGCUCACUGUUCGAGGAGUCGCCGUCGCCACCGCACGUCCUUCAGACGCCCAUCAUGAACGCGCUGCAGACCCACUUCUGGGCGGUGCGCGAGUAUCUGUCGCCAGUGCUGCGCGAGUCCAAGUUCAAGGAGCACGGUCGAAUCACUCCAGAUGAAUUCGUGGCGGCAGGCGACUUUCUCUCGUACAAGUUCCCCACAUGGCAGUGGUGCGCCGGCAGCCCGUCCAAGGCGCGCGACUAUCUGCCCAAGGACAAGCAGUUCCUCAUCUCGUGCGGAGUUCCCUCGCUGCGUCGUGUCAGCCAGAUCGAAAAGGGCGUCGGUGUCGGCGUCAAGGACGACGACGAGCGUCUCAUGAGCUUUGCCGACGGCGACGACGGCGCUGACGACGACCAGUGGGUCGCCACCCACUUUGACGCCAACAAGAGCUCCAGCAGCGGCGUAGCCGACAUGAUCGACAUCCCCGACAUCGGCGAGGACCAAUCAGCUCCCGAGCACCAGCUCACCGAGGGCCAGGAGGACGAUCUCGCUGCACGUGUCGCCGGUAUCAGCGUUGGCAGCCAGAACACAAUGCCCCCAUCUACAUCUGCCGGCGAGAUCGGCGACAUUCCAGACAUCCCCGACAUCCCAGAUAUGGAAGAUGAGGCGGACGACCUUGCGGGCGGCGUCGAGGAGGAAGACGAUCCUGCCACUGCCGCCGUGUCUGCUGCAGGCGCGAAUACAUCGGCGGGCGACAACGGAAAGCUGCUCUCAGUGCGAAAGUACGACUGCAUCAUCACGUACGACAAGUACUACCAGACACCGCGCAUGUGGCUCGUCGGCUACGACGAGCACGGCGUCCCGCUCAAGCCCGCGCAGAUCUUCGAGGACGUCUCGUCGGACUAUGCGCAGAAGACGGUGACCAUCGAGCCGUUCCCGCACGGCCAUGCGGGGCCGGACAGCUCGGCGUCGUCGUCGUCGGCGAGUGCGGCAGGCGUGGCGACGGCGAGCAUCCAUCCGUGCAAGCACGCAAGCGUGAUGAAGAAGGUCAUCGAGCGCAUGAACGCCAGCGUCAUCGAGGAGCAGCGCAAGGCGGCAGCAGCCGCGGGAGGCGCAGGAGCACCCGCGCCGGAUAAGAAGAAGAAGAAGGCUUGGAGCGUCGCGAGUGCCGUCAAGCGCGUCACGGGCAGCACGGCUGACGAGGCACCAGCGACCGCGCAGUCAGAAGGCGCAGAGGCUGCCGAGGAGGAUGUCCAGGGACUCAGGGUGGACCAGUACAUGAUCAUCUUCCUCAAGUUCAUGGCGUCCAUCGUGCCCGCCAUCGAGAUAGACGCCACACAGGCACUCUAG